GGGGCCAGGGCGCGGCGCGCGGCCAACCGGCACCCGCAGUUCCCGCACUACAACUACCAGGUGCAGGUGGCCGAGAACCAGCCCCCGGGGACGCCGGUGCUGGCGGCGGCGGCGGCGGACCCGGACGUGGGCGAGGCGGGGCGCCUGGCCUACUCGCUGGCUGCGCUGAUGAACAGCCGCUCGCUGGAACUGUUCCGCAUCGACCCGCGCAGCGGGCUCAUCGCCACCACGCGGGCGCUGGACCGGGAGAGCAUGGCCCUGCACUACCUGCGCGUCACAGCUGUGGACCACGGCACGCCGCGCCUCUCAGCCACCGCCAUGGUGGCCGUGGCGGUGGCCGACCGCAAUGACCACGACCCCGUGUUCGAGCAGGGCGAGUACCGCGAGACCAUCCGGGAGAACGUGGAGGAGGGCUACCCCAUCCUGCAGCUGCGGGCCACGGAUGCCGACUCGCCACCCAACGCCAACAUCCGUUACCGCUUCGUGGAUGAGCGCGCCGCCCAUGCUGUCUUCGAGAUUGACCCCCGCUCGGGGCUUAUCACCACCAGCGGCCCAGUGGACAGGGAGAUGAUGGAGAAGUACGCACUGGUAGUGGAGGCCAGCGACCAGGGGAAGGAGCCUGGUCCCCGGUCAGCUACGGUGAAGGUCUACAUCACCGUCCUGGAUGAGAACGACAAUGUCCCGCAGUUCAGCGAGAAGCGCUACAUUGUCCAGGUGCGGGAGGACGUACGGCCCCACACAGAGAUCCUGAGAGUGACGGCCACUGACUUGGACAAGGACAACAAUGCGCUGGUCCAUUACAACAUCAUCAGUGGCAAUAGCAGGGGCCAGUUCUCCAUUGACAGCGUGACCGGGGAAAUACAGGUGGUGGCACCUCUGGAUUUCGAGGUGGAACGCGAGUACGCCCUGAGGAUCCGUGCCCAGGAUGCAGGGCGCCCUCCCUUGUCUAAUAACACAGGCAUGGUCAGCAUCCAAGUGGUGGACAUUAAUGACCAUGCCCCAAUCUUUGUCAGCACCCCAUUUCAAAUCUCGGUGCUGGAAAAUGCCCCCCUGGGCCAUUCUGUGAUCCACAUCCAGGCAGUGGAUGCGGAUUAUGGGGAGAACUCUCGCCUGGAAUACAAACUGACAGGGGUCUCAGCCAAUACCCCCUUUGUGGUGAACAGCGCCACCGGAUGGAUCACAGUGAGUGGCCCGCUGGACCGAGAGUCAGUGGAGCAUUACUUUUUUGGGGUGGAGGCUCGGGACCACGGUUCUCCAUCCUUAUCCGCCUCUGCCAGUGUCACCAUCACAGUCAUGGACGUGAAUGACAAUCGCCCUGAGUUCACCCAGAAGGAGUAUUUCAUCCGUCUGAACGAAGAUGCCGCGGUGGGGACCAGUGUUCUCAGCGUCACCGCAAUCGACCGGGAUGUGAACAGUGUCAUCAGCUACCAGAUAACUGGGGGGAACCCACGCAACCGCUUCUCCAUCAGCACUCAGGGCGGUGUGGGACUGAUCACCCUCUCUCUGCCCCUGGACUAUAAGCAGGACAGGAGCUAUGUGCUUGCGGUGACUGCCUCCGACCGGACCCUGCAUGAUAUCUGCCAUGUCCAUAUCAACAUCACAGAUGCCAACACCCAUCGGCCAGUGUUCCAGAGUGCCCACUAUUCGGUGAGUGUCAAUGAGGACCGUCCAGUGGGCAGCACAGUAGUAGUGAUCAGUGCUACUGACGAUGAUGUGGGGGAAAAUGCCAGGAUCACUUAUUACCUAGAGGACAACAUUCCUCAGUUUCGCAUUGAUCCAGACUCGGGGGCCAUCACCUUGCAGGCGGAGCUGGACUACGAAGACCAGGUGACCUACACUUUGGCCAUCACUGCCAAAGAUAAUGGCAUUCCUCAGAAAGCAGACACCACCUAUGUAGAAAUCAUGGUGAAUGAUGUAAAUGAUAAUGCCCCCCAGUUUGUCAGUGCUCACUAUCAGGGCAUUAUCUCUGAGGAUGCCGCGCCAUUCACCAGCGUGCUCCAGAUCUCUGCCACUGACCGGGAUGCUCACACCAAUGGGCGGGUACAAUACACCUUCCAGAAUGGUGAGGAUGGAGAUGGGGAUUUCACCAUAGAGCCCACCUCUGGGAUUAUCCGCACCGUCCGCAGGCUGGACCGGGAGAGCGUUCCUGUCUAUGAGUUGACUGCCUAUGCUGUGGACAGGGGGGUGCCUCCUCAGAGAACCCCAGUCCACAUACAAGUCACUGUUCAGGAUGUGAAUGACAAUGCUCCUGUUUUCCCAGCUGAAGAAUUUGAAGUCUUGGUGAAGGAAAACAGCAUUGUAGGUUCUGUGGUGGCCCAGAUCACAGCUGUUGACCCAGAUGAGGGGCCCAAUGCCCAGAUUAUGUAUCAGAUUGUGGAAGGCAACAUCCCCGAGAUCUUCCAGAUGGACAUCUUUUCUGGGGAGCUCACUGCCUUGAUUGACCUGGAUUACGAGACAAAGCCUGAGUAUGUAAUUGUGGUCCAGGCCACAUCAGCUCCUUUGGUUAGCAGAGCCAUGGUCCACAUCAAGCUCAUUGACCAAAAUGACAACAGUCCAGUCCUUAAGAACUUCCAGAUACUCUUCAAUAACUAUGUCUCCAACAAGUCCAACACCUUCCCUUCCGGUGUGAUAGGGAAGAUCCCUGCCUAUGAUCCAGAUGUGUCUGACAGGCUUUUCUACACCUUUGAAAGGGGAAAUGAACUGCACUUGUUGAUUGUAAAUCAGUCAAGCGGUGACCUGAGGCUGAGCCGAAAGCUGGACAACAACCGUCCCUUGGUGGCCUCCAUGCUGGUGACUGUGACAGAUGGGAUCCACAGCGUGACGGCCCAGUGCGUCCUGCGCGUCAUCAUCAUCACAGAGGACAUGCUGGCCAACAGCAUCACGGUGCGCCUGGAGAACAUGUGGCAGGAGCGCUUCCUGUCCCCGCUGCUCACCAGCUUCCUGGAGGGGGUGGCCACCGUGCUGGCUACACCCAAGGAGGACGUCUUCAUCUUCAACAUCCAGAAUGACACGGACGUGGGGGGGGCCGUGCUUAACGUCAGCUUCUCGGCACUGGCGCCCCGCGGCCGGCACUUCUUCAGCUCUGAGGAGCUGCAGGAGCAGCUGUACAUGAAGCGCAUGGCACUGACAGCAGCCUCCAUGCUGGAGGUGCUGCCCUUUGAUGACAAUGUCUGCCUGCGGGAGCCCUGCCAGAACUACAUGAAGUGCAUCUCCGUACUCAAGUUCGAUAGCUCAGCCCCCUUCAUUGCCUCCCCAUCCACCCUCUUCCGGCCCAUCCACCCCAUCACAGGCCUGCGCUGCCGCUGCCCCCAGGGCUUCACCGGGGACUACUGUGAAACUGAGAUCAACCUGUGCUACUCCAACCCCUGCCGCAAUGGUGGUGUCUGUACCCGCAAAGAGGGCGGCUACACCUGCAUCUGCCGCCAGCACUUCACAGGUGACAACUGCGAAGUGGACAGUCGCUCGGGGCACUGCAUCCCGGGUGUGUGCCGCAAUGGAGGUACCUGCACCAACUCUGCUGAUGGCGGCUUCCAGUGCCAGUGCCCCUCAGGGGGCUUCGAGAAGCCCUACUGUGAGGUGACCACCCGUGCCUUCCCGCCCAAGUCCUUCGUCAUGUUCCGGGGGCUGCGCCAGAGGUUCCACCUCACCCUGUCCCUCUCGUUUGCCACCCAGGAGCGCAGCGGCCUUCUGCUCUACAAUGGGCGCCUGAAUGAGAAGCAUGACUUCCUGGCGGUGGAGAUCAUCGAUGGGCAGGUGCAGCUGAAAUACUCCACAGGGGAGUCCAGCACCUUGGUGGCCCCGUAUGUUCCAGGGGGUGUGAGCGAUGGGCAGUGGCACACGGUGCAGCUUCGUUACUACAACAAGCCCAAGCUUGGCUCGCUGGGCGUGGUGCAAGGCCCUUCCAAGGACAAGGUGGCCAUCCUGACGGUGGAUGAGUGUGACACGUCGGUGGCAUUGCAGUUUGGCAGUGAGAUUGGAAACUAUUCCUGUGCGGCGGAGGGGGUGCAGACCAGCUCCAAGAAGUCCCUGGACCUAACGGGACCCCUGCUCCUUGGAGGGGUGCCCAAUCUGCCUGAAAACUUCCCUGUGACACACAGAGACUUUGUGGGGUGCAUGAGAGACCUGUACAUCGACAGCAGACGUGUUGACCUGGCUUCCUACAUUGCAAACAAUGGAACAUCUACAGGCUGCCAUGCCAAGCACACCUUCUGCGACUCCAGCCCCUGCAAGAAUGGUGGCACCUGCUCGGUGGGCUGGGGGACCUUCUUCUGCAAGUGCCCCGUGGGCUUCGGGGGCAAUGACUGCCGGCAGGUCAUGCCCCAUGCUCACUAUUUCCAUGGUAACGGCCUCCUGUCCUGGGAGUUUAAGAGUGAGGUGAAGAUCUCGGUGCCAUGGUACGUGGGACUGGCAUUCCGCACCCGCCAGCUGGAUGGGGUGCUGCUGCAGGCGCAUGCCGGCCAAUACACCACCCUUCUCUGCCAGCUGGAUGCAGGCCUGCUCUCCCUCGUGGUGAACAGGGGCUCUGGCCGCACCACCAAGCUGCUUCUGGACCAGCUGCACCUGAGUGACGGGAAGUGGCACGACGUCCAGCUGGAGCUGCGGGAUGUUCACAACGGACGGGACUCACGCUACAUCAUUACUGUCAACCUGGACUUUGGGGUCUACCAGGACACCGUGGUUGUGGGGAAUGAGCUGCAUGGCCUGAAGGUGAAGCAUCUCCAUGUCGGGGGGAUCCCGGGGCCUGGCGAGGUGCAGGGUGGUCUGAAGGGCUGCGUGCAGGGCGUGCACCUUGGGGACUCACCCACAGGGCUGGCAUUGCCCAAGCCCAGCAGUGCCCUGAAUGUGGAGGCAGGAUGCGGCGUGCCCAAUGCCUGUGAUGCCAGCCCUUGCCCAGCCAACAGCAUCUGCAGGGAUGAGUGGCAGAGCUACUCCUGCACAUGCCAGCCAGGGUACUAUGGAGGGGACUGCGUGGAUGCCUGUCACUUAAAUCCCUGCAAGAACAAGUCAGUAUGUCGACGACGGCCAGGCGCCCCCCUGGGGUAUGUGUGCGAGUGCAAAGGGAACUUCUUUGGGCAGUACUGUGAACACAGGAUGGACCAGCAGUGUCCCAAAGGCUGGUGGGGGAACCCGACCUGCGGGCCGUGUAACUGCGACAUCAACAAGGGCUUCGACCCUGACUGUAACAAAACCAAUGGGCAAUGCCACUGCAAGGACUUCCAUUAUCGGCCCCAAGGCAGUGACACUUGCCUGCCCUGUGACUGCUACCCUGUGGGUUCCUCCUCACGCUCCUGCGACAAGGACUCGGGCCAGUGCCACUGCAGGUCUGGUGUGAUCGGACGCCAGUGCAACAGCUGCGACAGCCCCUUUGCAGAGGUGACACCAAGCGGCUGCGAGGUGCUCUAUGAUGGAUGCCCCAAGACGCUGAGAGCGGGUGUCUGGUGGCCGCAGACCAAGUUUGGCUUCUCAGCCCUGGUGCCUUGUCCCAAAGGUUCCUUGGGUUCAGCCAUCAGACACUGCGAUGAGAGGAAAGGCUGGCUGGAGCCAGACCUCUUCAACUGCACAUCGCCUGCCUUCAAGGAGCUCUCUGCACUGCUGCAGGGCCUGGAGAGGAAUGAGACAGAGCUGAACACCAUCGAGGCGAAGAAGCUGGCCCUUCGGCUGCGCACAGUGACUGACCAGAUGGAGCGCUACUUUGGCAAUGAUGUCCACAUCACCUACCGCCUCCUGACCCGCCUGAUGGAUUUUGAGAGCAGGCAGCAUGGCUUUGGCCUGACUGCCACCCAGGAUGCCCACUUCAAUGAGAACUUGUUGCAGGCAGGAAGCUCAGUGCUGGCACUGGAGAACCGUGAGCACUGGGACAUGCUGCUGCAGAGUGAACACGGCAGCGCUGGGCUGAUGGAGCAGCUGCGAGAGUACACGGGCACGCUGGCCAGCAACAUGAAACUCACCUACCUCAACCCCGUGGGCGUGGUGACGCCCAAUAUCAUGCUCAGCAUCGACCGCAUGGAGAACCACACCCAUGUGCGGAGGCGCUACCCCCGCUACCACAGCAGCCUGUUCCGGGGUCAGGCCCUGUGGGACCCCCACACCCACGUAGUGCUGCCGCUUUCAUUGCUCACCCCCCUCAAAGCAGAAGCGGUGCCGACACCUGCAAGCAGUGAAGGGAAUGACACAAUGUGGACCUCACCCCCCAGGCAUGCCCUCCCAGAUCCUGAGCCCGCUGUCACCAUCAUCAUCCUCAUCAUCUACCGCACACUGGGGGGGCUGCUCCCUGCCCGCUACCAGGUGGAUCGCCGCAGCCUCAGACUGCCCAAGAACCCCGUCAUGAACUCCCCUAUCGUGAGUGUGUCCUUGUUCAGCAACCACACCUUCAUCCAGGGCACCCUGGAGGCACCGCUGGUACUGGAGUUUCGCCUGCUGCAGACAGCCAACCGGAGCAAGCCCCUGUGUGUGCAGUGGAACCACUCCAGCCUGACUGACCCUUCUGGCUUCUGGACAGUGAGAGAUUGUGACCUCGUGUACAGGAACACCACACAUGUGCACUGCCAGUGCUCCCAGUUCGGGACCUUUGGGAUCCUCAUGGACAGCUCCCACCGAGAGCAACUGGAGGGUGACCUGGAGACCUUGGCCAUUGUCACCUACUCCCUGGUGUCUCUGUCCCUCGUGGCUCUGCUGCUGACCUUCUUCUUGCUGACAUGUCUGAAGGGCCUCAAGUCCAACACCCGGGGCAUCUACUCCAACAUAGCUGCCACCCUCUUCUUCUCUGAGCUGCUCUUCCUCCUGGGCAUCAACCGCACUGAAAACCAGUUCCUCUGCACUGUGAUUGCCAUCCUGCUGCACUGCUUCUUCCUCUCCACCUUCGCCUGGCUCUUUGUCCAGGGCCUCCACAUCUACCGCAUGCAAACUGAAGCCCGCAACGUCAACUUCGGGGCCAUGAGGUUCUACUAUGCCAUUGGCUGGGGGGUGCCUGCCAUCAUCACAGGACUGUCAGUUGGCCUGGACCCUGAGGGCUAUGGGAACCCUGACUUCUGCUGGAUUUCCAUCCAUGAUAAGCUGGUCUGGAGCUUUGCGGGCCCCAUCACCAUCGUCAUUGUGAUGAAUGGAGUUAUGUUCCUGCUGGUGGCAAAGAUGUCAUGUUCCCCAGGUCAGAAGGAGGCCAAGAAGAAGUCAGUGCUCAUGACGCUGCGAAGCUCCUUUGUUCUGCUUCUAGUUAUUAGUACUACCUGGCUCUUUGGCCUCUUGGCUGUCAACAACAGUGUCCUGGCUUUCCACUACCUCUACACUGUCCUCUGCAGCCUCCAGAGCUUGGCUGUGUUGCUUCUGUUCUGCAUCCUGAACGAGGAGGUGCAGGAGGCCUGGAAACUGGCCUGCCUUGGCAAGAAGGGGCAGGGUGAGGAGGCAGCCAGGAGUGCACAGGGCCCCAGUGCAUACAACAACACGGCGCUGUUUGAGGAGAGUGGCCUCAUCCGUAUCACCCUGGGGGCCUCCACCAUCUCCUCGGUCAGCAGCGUCCGCUCCGGCCGCACCCACUCCAGCCAGCGUGGUUACCUCAGAGAGAACAUGAUGGCACAUCAGGGCUCUGCCCUGGAUCACAGCCUACUCGGUCACACUGGCCCCACGGACCUCGACGUGGCAAUGUUCCACCGUGAUGCAGGAGGAGAUCAAGACUCGGACUCGGACAGCGACCUCUCCCUGGAUGAGGAGCGCAGUCUUUCCAUCCCCUCAUCGGAGAGCGAGGAGAAUGUGCGUCUGCGUGGCAGGUUCCAGCGCCAGUUCAAACGGGCUGCACACAGCGAGCGUCUCCUCACCAAUCCCUCCAACACCACCCCCAAGGAUGUGGAUGGCAAUGACCUGAUGUCCUACUGGCCAGCGUUGGGCGAAUGCGAGGUUCACCCCUGCUCUCUGCAGAAAUGGGGCUCUGAGCGGAAGCUGGGAUUUGACAUCAAUAAGGAUGCAGCCAACAACAACCAACCAGACCUGGCCCUGACCAGCGGGGAUGAGAACUCCCUCACCCAGACCCAGCGCCAAAGGAAAGGGAUUCUGAAGAAUCGCCUCCAGUACCCUCCAGCUCUGCAGGGCUUGUCCUCCGUGGGCAGAAUGACCAAUGAGCUCUCUUGGUACAAAACGUCCACGUUGGGUCACCGGGCUGUUCCCGCUGCUUCCUAUGGCAGGAUCUACUCAGGGGCAGGCAGCCUCUCCCAGCCGGCUAGUCGGUACUCUUCCCGGGAGCAGCUCGACAUGCUGAUGAGAAGGCAGAUGUCCAGAGAGCAGCUGAGCAGGAACAACUCGGGGGAGCGUUUGGAAGCUGUCCCCAGCAGGCAUGGCUCCAGGGAGCAGCUGGACACCAUCCCUAGUAGGCAUGGGUCUAGAGAACACCUGGAAAAUCUACCCAGCAGGCAUGGGUCUAGAGGGGACUUAGACACCUUAGCUACCAGGCAUGAUCAAAGUGAUCAUGGGAACACACUUCCCAGGAGGCAGGGGUCUAGAGACCACCUAGAUAUGGUACCCAGUAGGUUUGGGUCGAGAGAACAACUAGACUGUGGGCCAGUAAGAGAAGUCUCUAGAGAGUGGCUAAAUACGUUACCUAGUAGGCAAAUUUCUAGAGAUCGAAUGGACACUUUGCCAAGUCGAGAGACAUCUCGGGAACAGUUGGAUCUGCUUUCUCGAAGACGACCUUCAAGGGACCAGCUUGCAUCAGCUAGACAACCUUCAAGAGAGCAGCUGGACUUUUUAUCCAGAAGAUCUACUUCCAGGGAGCAUCUGGAUACAGUGCCCAGUAGGCAUCCAUCAUGGGAAAAUUUAGAGCCUUUGUCUAGAAGACAGCCCUCCCAAGAGAACCUAGAACCUCUGUCUAGGAGGCAGCCUUCUAGAGAGAAUCUGGAAGCAGCUGCCAGCCAACACCCUUCCACGGAGCAAUUAGACAUCCUUUCUUCCAUUCUUGCUUCAUUUAAUUCCUCUGUCCUGUCCUCCAUGCAAUCUUCCAGCACUCCCUCUGGCCCACAGACCACGGCAACUCCUUCUGCAGUGCAGACCUCCUCAACACCUUCUGUGCCGUGCCCUUCCACGCCUCGCUCUGCAACCUCCCACAGUAUCUCUGAGCUGUCGCCAGAUUCAGAGGUGUACAAGUCACGAGAAGUGAGGGCCAUUCCUGAGGGGCCCAAGCUGCCUCAAGAGCAAAGGAAGAAGCAGGAGUGUUCGCCUGGCCGGACCCUUCCAGCAGACGGUGGAGCCUUUGACCUGCUGGUGGUGACGGAGAACAUCCUAUUCUCAGAUACAUUCCAUAGUUUGCGGCUGGUGAGGGGGGGUGGCAGAAGGAGGGAGUGGUGUCUCAAAGAUCACCGUCAAGUAUUAAUAGCGGGGAGGAGAGUGCACGCUUCACUAGAGGGCUGUCAGGCACACCCAGCCACCAGACCCCACAGCAGCUGUGCCUGCACCAGUUCAGACAGGAGCUUGAGUAGGUUCAGAGCCGUCACGAUGGAGCAGAUGGAGCUGCGGUGCCGCCCGGGGGGCUACAAGGGGCUGAGCGAGGCUGAGAUAGAGGAGGUCGCACAGAGAACCCAGACUCCCCCAUCCUCCAUCCGCAGAAAGCUCCAUAAGAUGAGAUGUUCAGGUGCUGUUGUAAAGUCCUUGCUGUUCCGGGUCCUGCCCUUCCUGAAAUGGCUGCCACGCUACCCGGUCAAGGACUGGCUCAUUGGGGACAUCACCUCGGGGUUCAGUGUGGGCAUCAUGCACCUGCCACAGGGCCUGGCCUACGCGCUUCUGGCAGGGCUGCCUCCCGUCAACGGCCUCUACUCCUCCUUCUACCCUGUUUUCCUGUACUUCUUCUUCGGGACGUCUCGGCACAACUCUGUGGGCCCCUUUGCUGUCAUUUCUGUCAUGAUCGGCAGUGUGACAGACUUGAUGGUGCCCAGUGAUGACUUCAUGGAACCAGUCAAUGGCACCAACAACACUAUCCUUAAUGAGGCCAGGAGGGAUGCUGCCAGGGUGGAGCUGGUGGCUGCACUCACCAUCCUGGUGGGCAUCUUCCAGGUUGCCUUGGGCUUGCUGCAGUUUGGCUUUGUGGUCACGUACCUCUCGGAUCCACUGGUACGUGGCUACACUACUGCUGCCUCUGUCCAUGUGCUAGUCUCGCAGCUCAAGUACGUCUUUGGAGUGCGCCUGGGUGAGCACUCAGGACCAUUGUCACUGUUCACGAGCUUCAUUGAGAUCUGCACGAAACUGCCCCAGACGAACGUGGGCACCCUGAUCACCGCCCUCAUUGCCAUGUUUGUCAUCUUUGUCGUGAAGAUAUUCAACCACAAGUUUUCCUCCAAACUGCCCAUGCCCAUCCCCAUCGAGCUCAUCACGAUCAUUGUGUCUACAGGGAUCUCCUAUGGAGCUGACCUGACGAACAAGUAUGGGAUUUCUGUUGUGGGUGACAUCCCCAGCGGGUUGAAGGCCCCGAUGUCUCCCAGGGUUGACUACUUUGCACGGGUGGUAGGCAACGCCUUUGCCAUAGCAAUAGUUGGCUACGCCAUCUGCAUCUCCUUGGGCAAGAUCUUUGCCCUGAAACAUGGCUACAAGGUAGACAGCAACCAGGAGCUGAUAGCUUUGGGGAUGUGCAACUUCCUGGGAGGCUUUUUCCAGUGUUUCAGUAUCAGCUGCUCCAUGUCGCGCAGCCUGGUUCAGGAGAGCACAGGUGGGAACAGCCAGGUGGCUGGUGUUAUCGCCUCACUUGUCAUCCUCGUAACCAUUCUGAAGAUUGGGGAGCUCUUCCAACAGCUGCCUAAAGCCAUCUUAGCUGCCAUCAUCAUUGUGAACCUGAAGGGCAUGUUCAAGCAGUUCAAAGACCUCUCUACCCUCUGGAAGUCCAAUAAAGUUGACCUGCUGAUCUGGGUUGUGACUUUUGUGGCCACACUCCUGCUGAACCUGGACAUAGGGCUGGGGGUCUCGGUGGCUUUCUCACUGCUCACAGUCAUCUUCCGGACACAGAUGCCCCACUACUCCAUCCUCGGGCAAGUUUCUGAGACAGACAUCUACAGAGAUGUGGCUAAAUAUAACAAGGCUGUGGAAAUCCCUGGUGUGAAGAUUUUCCGCUCUUCUGCCACAGUCUAUUUUGCGAAUGCUGAGCUUUAUACAGAUGCCCUGAAGAAGAAGUGCGGCUUCGAUGUUGAUCGCCUCAUUGAGAAGAAAAAGAAAGCCCUCAGGAAACUGAAGAAGCAUCAGAAGAAAAUAGAGAAGGAAAAAGAAAAGAGGGAAAAAGCAAUGAAGAAAAAGAACGCAGACAGUGAUUGCAAUGGAGCUGGCAUCUCAGUAAUAGACAUCAAUGGAGGCGUGACAGAAUGGGAGUCCCAAAAUGGCAAUCCCCUGCCGGACCGUGGUGAACCCACCCUGGUGUCUCUUGGCCUCCAGAAGCCUGAGCUCCACACUGUCAUACUGGACUUCAGCUCUGCCAACUUUGUGGACUACGUCUGCAUCAAGAUCCUAAAGAACUUAUUCCGGGAUUUCCACGAGAUCGAAAUAGAUGUGUUGCUUGUUGGCUGUCAUGAGUCCAUCAUAACCCAGCUAGAACAAGGCAACUUCUUCAGUCAAACCAUCACCAAGCACCAGCUCUUUGCCUCAGUGCACGAUGCUAUUAUCUAUGUCACCAAGCUGCGGGGAUCGAGUCCACCAGAGCCAGUUAUGACUUUUCCCAGCACUCAUCUGUAGCCAUCAUGGCAUCCACCCUCCCCAGAAGCACAACAGGUGAGAGGGAGCCAUCAAGGUAUGUUUCCAGAAGAUUAUUUGAGCUGGUUGAUGUUUGCAAGGGCAGGUGAUGAGAAAAUCCUGCCAUCAAAGACCAAAGAUCGCCUGUUGCUGAGCAUCUGCUUCAGACCCUAGAAAUCUUGGAUCAUCUACCCUUGGGAAACCACUUCAGUCACCAGAGCAACUGGGAAACUACCUCAAAACCCUCCUUCAGCUGGCCAUCUACUUGAUGCUGGAGAGACCUGGGAUCUCCUGGGCUCAGGGCACAAGAUCUCCUACAACUGGGAAUCCCCUCAGACAUGGGGAGCUUGUCUGGCACCAUGUGUGUCACUUUUUUGGGGUGCAGCAUGAGGAGAAGAGAAGCUGCACCUCUGACGUGACUUUGGAUACAUGGUGCUUUAGAACAGCUCCACUGACUGUCUGGGAAACUCUCGACAGAGAG